AUGGGGUUGUUGGAGGCAACCCACAACGUUGAAAGUCCAUCUCACUCAUUGAGAAGUUACUCUACUUCUAGUUCAGACAAUGAUGGAAGAUGUUCUGUUAUAACCAACUGCUUGACCCUUCACCAGCAACUAGCAAACAUAAACUUUUUAUCAUCGUCAAAGGUGUCCCCUCAACCGACAGGGCCACCAAGGUUAGUCCGCAGCCGAGCAGUUAGAAGAGACAUUGUGCAGGCCUGGAAUUUUAAUGAAUCUAUUGUCAUGGUCUCAGAAUAAACAUCAAAUUUAAGCCUGUCAGUUAUUCCAGCUUCUCCAAUGCUUUUGUAGUUUCUUCUUGAUAAUGGGGCUUGUGCUAUGUAAAGAUUUUGCUAUUAAUAAGCAUCUAUUCUUUUAUGUGUCUCUGUAUCACACCUUUGUCAUAGUGUCUUCUUUACAUCCUAGUAAUUAUAAAAUGGUAUUUUUAUAAUUAAA